AUGUUAUCAUCUGAUAGCUCUAAUGUCGAUGUAGAACUUAUUAGUUACUUAACUCAGAGUACAAUCAUCUUAGCCGUUAAUGCUCAAGCAUCGCUUAGUCGUGUCCGUCGUAAAAACAUCGCUAAAGAAAUCUAUGGUUCUGAAGUACUCUUACCAAUUAAGAUCAAGGAUACACCAAAGAUGUUUGAUGAAACUGAAACUGAACGUGUAAGAAAGCUAGCCAAGUCAAUCAGAAAGAACAACGAAGCAAAAUAA